AUGGCUUAUCUCACCAACCCCGACAUCUCCACACUCCUCCAGCAAUACCCCCCCGACAGGGCAAACAAAAUCCAACUCUCCGGCAUCUGGGCCAAAAUCAUCCGGUUCGUCUUCUCCAGCCAGGUCGACUACAUUUUCGCCCCAAUCGAAGUCGACGACGAAGACGCCGCCGUCUCCAUAAACCUAUUCAACGCUACCGGGCCUUACCGGAACGAGCUCCUCCUCACACUGACUUCCCGCGAUGAUUCAGGUUUCGAAACUAUCGAGUCAAUCUGGGAAUACGAGUUCACUAUCAUCAAGGAUGCACUUGCUGCCGCAUCGGAGAAUACGCUGGGCACUAGGGUUGUCUUUGGGGCGGUUGUGGUUGGUGAGUAUGUGAGGUUUGUUUUGCAUGGGCCUCCGGGGCUGAUGCAGAUGUAUGGGUGUGUUCCGCGCGGCCGGUUGCAUGUUAUUCGUGAUGCGUCGAUUAUUGAGGCUUGUUUGGAGAAGAUUAGGACUCAUGGACUCUUCACCUCGGAUAAACAGGCACAGCGACAGCGGGAAUACCUAAAGCAAUGGCAUUCCCUUACGUGGCAGUUCGAUGAGAUUGUACAGCGCGAGAUCUUCCUCCUCGAGCAGAGAGUUAAACUACGAGAUUUUAUUCAUGACGAGGGCCCUAGCGACGAGCGAAAUGAAAGAGUUUGCAUGAUAGAUGAUGAACUGAAGGAGAUGAAACCGCGUCUAUUCGAGAAUGCACAACAAUUCGCCGAACUACGUUCACAAAACCCCGGCGGUAUUUUGGUCAAGCAAUAUGCUAGACUGUCGGAGCUUGAGAGGUGGAGGCUACAUCAAAAGGAGUGUUCUGACCGCUUGGGCUGCUGUGCCCGUCGUUGUGGGUGUUGCGAAACACCUCGUCGAUGUCCUGCAAACCAGAGAAGGAGAAUGAGCGUUGAACGGACUGGGCCUUCACAUUGUACUGUUGAAUGUGGUUGCUGUAAACGUUGGAGAGCAAUUCAAGGUCCUGAUACUGAUGACUUGGUUGAGGUCAGGGAAGGAGCUUAA